CAAGUUUUUGGGUCUGCCGCGCUUUAGUGUCUAUUUAUUCUAAACGGAAAUAAAUCCUGGGAUAAUCCAGAGUCAUUAAGCCUAUAAGAGGAAGGAGCGCCCAGAGAUCUCUCUGCCGUCAGACUUCGAACACACCAUCCAUGUCGGCUUUGAUGCUGUUACCGGGGAGUUCACUGGGAUGCCGGAGCAGUGGGCUCGGCUUCUGCAGACAUCCAACAUCACCAAGCUGGAGCAGAAGAAGAACCCUCAGGCCGUCCUCGACGUUUUAAAGUUCUACGACUCGAAAGAAACGACCAACAGCCAGAAGUACAUGAGCUUCACUGAUAAAACUGCUGACGCCUUCAGCUCCUCCACCACAACGCUUGGCCACCAGCCGAGCGUCAGACUAUCAGCGAGAGACAGAGAGGAAGAGAGGGAUAGAAAGCAGAGCUCCAAGGCCGUGUCCGAGACACCCGCCAUAGCAACCGUAUCUGAGGAUGAGGACGAAGACGAGGCCGAGCCCCCGCCGGUGAUCGCCCCCCGACCGGAGCACACCAAAUCAAUUUACACUCGCUCGGUGAUCGAGCCCCUCCCUCCUCCUCCCACGAAAGAUGCUGCGACCUCACCCAUCUCUCCACCGACCGCCGCGGCCGCCGCCGUCACCCCCGCCCAACCUGCAGAAGCAGCUCCCAGCAGCCCUCCCAGUGCUAGCCCCGCCCCUGGUCCUUCCUUGCCCCACCCACAGGACAAAGCCAGGAAGAAGAAGAUGUCUGAUGAGGAGAUCCUGGAGAAGCUACAUGUGCUCAGGUCUCCCUCUGCUGGGACGAUCGUCAGUGUGGGCGACCCCAAGAAGAAAUAUACACGAUUUGAGAAGAUCGGACAGGGGGCGUCUGGGACGGUGUACACAGCUAUCGACGUCGCCACAGGACAGGAGGUUGCCAUUAAACAGAUGAACCUGCAGCAGCAGCCGAAGAAGGAGCUGAUCAUCAACGAGAUUCUGGUGAUGAGGGAAAACAAGAACCCAAACAUAGUCAACUACCUGGACAGUUACCUGGUGGGUGAUGAGCUCUGGGUGGUGAUGGAGUACCUGGCCGGAGGCUCGCUGACUGAUGUCGUAACAGAAACGUGCAUGGAUGAAGCCCAGAUUGCUGCUGUGUGCAGAGAGUGUCUCCAGGCGUUGGAGUUCCUGCACUCAAACCAGGUCAUCCAUCGAGACAUCAAGAGCGACAACAUCCUGCUGGGCAUGGACGGCUCCGUCAAGCUCACUGACUUCGGAUUCUGCGCUCAGAUCACUCCUGAGCAGAGUAAACGCAGCACCAUGGUCGGCACGCCGUACUGGAUGGCUCCGGAGGUCGUGACCCGUAAAGCUUACGGUCCCAAAGUGGACAUCUGGUCUCUGGGCAUCAUGGCGAUAGAGAUGGUGGAGGGAGAGCCGCCGUACCUGAACGAGAAUCCGCUCAGGGCGCUGUAUCUCAUAGCAACCAAUGGGACGCCGGAGCUGCAGAACCCGGAGAAGCUGUCGACUAUAUUCAGAGACUUCCUGAACCGAUGUCUGGAAAUGGACGUGGAGAAGAGAGGCUCGGCUAAAGAGCUGCUGCAGCAUCAGUUUCUGAAGAUGGCGAAGCCGCUCUCCAGUCUGACUCCUCUCAUUCUGGCGGCGAAGGAGGCGGCCAAGAACAACCGCUAGCUCUCCUUUGGCUCCUCCCUUCUGUCUCUGUGUGUCUGUGGUCCCUCCUGUGAAGGUGGCGAUGGCUGCUGGCUGGGUUUGUCCAACCGUUUGAACGCCUUCACUCUUUCUCUGCUUCCUUGUUUUUCUGUUUUUACCUCCUCCUUCACCCCGUCACCUUUGACCCCAAGCUUGACCUCCCUUAUCCCCCACCCCCCAACUCCACGCUCACAGGGAUGGCAAAAGGCAACAUCUCCUUCUUCGACACUCCACUGGACUCAGACAGGAAGGUGGGGCCUAACUGUAAUGAAGUGAUGUCAUUUCUGGCAUCAUCACCCUCUCAGCCGGCAUGAACGACCACAGCAUGGGAGCGAGAGCCCAAAGACUCUUUUUUUUUUUUUUAAUGAUGUUUGUUUCUAACUGUAAACACCCCGGACCACAAACAGCCAACCAGCGCCCACUGAGUUUGUGUGUGUGUUUUAACUUCCUGUGAUGCAUCGGCGGAUACGGCCGUACCCGUUUCAUCAUCUUCUAAAAGUGCAUUUGUUGAUUUUCAUUUUAUUGUUAUUGUUUUUGUAGCGCGUGAUUGUGAGUGUCACAACGGGGGAUGUUGGGUUAUUACUUCUGUUGAUUGUAGCGUUAAAUUCUGUAGUUUCUGACACGGAGCAGACGAUUUGUGGUACGUUGUCGUGUCUGCAGUGUGAGCUGUGAGUUAGAGGAGAUUAUUAAUUAUCAGGAGGAAACACUGGUGGACCCAGAGCCGUCGAUGGACCUGGUUUGGACACGUUUUUCUCUGGAAGCUUUCAUUUUACGCUGAGAGGAAAUCAUUCACAGCUGUAGGUUUCAAAAUCAGGAGCAGAGUGCAGAAUAUGAAGUACAAUCAAUCUGGUGCACAUCUGGACAGCUGUUAGCACUGCUGCUAUCCCGUUAUGUCCCCUUACAGCUGUGAGGUUUACAGGUGCUGGAUCUCCUCCAGUACACCAACAUCUGCAGUUCUGUUAGCCUCACAUGAAGGUUUUAUCAUCUCAAGAUGUGAACCCUGGCUUUAAAGAUUCAUAUAGAUAUGAUUGCACGACUGUAAAGGUCAGUCGACCUCUCAGUGUCUGAACCCAAACUUGAGGGUCCCACAUGUAAGUGAGGCCUCGGUCACACAGGCCUAGAGACUGACUGGCGACCAACAGUUGCUAGGGAAACAUUAGCAUUGAGCAUUGAGUGCUUGCAGUGAUCAUUAGAUAAAAUUCAUCACAAACAGCUGCACGAGCUGCACUGAAAGCCUUCAUGCGACUGCACUGGUCCAUGAUUCGUAUGGAAGCUGCAGGCUUAUCAGCAAACACUCGCUGUCUCGCUAAAGCUGCAUACUCGCUGGAAGCGAACGUACGAGUCUCCGGGUGUCUCAGUAACCCUCUAACAUAUUCACUACCAGGCCAAAUGCCGAUUGCAGGUAUUCUUUGGUCUCAAGUUUAUAUUUGGGUCCCGCCCUCUUCCCAUUGGUUGAAGUCCUGAAAUGUUAUUCACCGCUUACGUCAUGUCGCUGCAAAUCGCUUCCAGUGUGCAGGUAGCAUUAGGGGUAGUGAAGCUGUGAAGAACGAUGGUUUUGCGUCACUCAGGGCCCUAGCAGACCUGCAGAAAAUAAAACUCCUUUAUGGUUUAUAGAGCAAUAAGACGGAUUUAGAAGUCACAUGAAUCGACAACAAAAAAGAGAAAAGGAAGCUCCUGCAACAGCUGCUCAUAAGAAUCCACAUUUCUUAUUGACACUGCUCAGGAAACAACGAGCUGCAGACGGUUGCUGAGAUCAGGGGUGAGGAUUGGUCGGUAGAUGACCGUUUUGCACAUGCUGAUCUCUGAUCUCUGCGUAAGUUUCUGUGAGCUUCCUAACUGAUCACUCAGAGUUAAACCUGAAGUUAUCUUGUCAGCUCUAAUCCUGCUUCGACCUCUGUGCUGUUGACAUCCUGUAUGAGAGGAAAAUCAAACUCGGUGUUUAUCCAUCACCAAACAUGAGAAGUGGUUCCAUCUGCGGCUCUGGGGCUUCGGUCUGCGGGCUCGACGCUCAGGCUGAGAGGAGAGAAUGUGCAUGUGAACAAACUUUUUUUAUACGGUACGUUAAAGAUAGAGAGAAACAAAAUAAUGAGUUGUGGCGAUGCUGAAACGUGCAGUCACGAAGGACGCCUGUGUACGAUACGGGAGAUCAUAUCUUAAUCCUAUUUUUUAGAAGCGAGAUGGUACGACGACGUUUUUCGUCCUGCCUGGACGACUGUGCGAUACGAGGUGUAUAUUUUACAAGAUGACAAAAAAAUGACAGCAACAAUCUGUUUUUGCCUUUGUUUACAAACUCACUGUUUUUAUUUGAUUGUUUUUAGCUGAUCGACCAGAAAAUUAGUUGUUUUUGAUUCAGAUGUCAAUAUUUGAGUAAAUGUUUUGGAACAAAAAGUUUUCUUGUUAGCAAAAAAAAUUUAAAAAAAGGAGAAACUCCUGUUUCAGGUUCAGAUCCUGCGAGAGCCAAAGCAUCCAUCAGCAGCCAUGACUGUUUGCUCACACAAUGAACACUUGCAAUGUAAAUACUCAGCAGACGUUUCCAAAACAUUUAUUCAAAAACAGUCUCUAUGAUUUUAUUGUUUUUAUGUACUGUUAAUGUACCUCUGGCCUUAAACUGUUUCAAAGAUGCAGGACUGCUUUUCUAUCAGAGUGACGGCAACGAUCCACGGCAACAUUUGAGGGAUGCAGCUUGCUGUAAUCUGCUGAUUCUUCUCUUUGUUUUUCAGUUAAUCCGUAAAUUUCUCAAAUAUCGAAAAAAGUGAAAGCAUGUUUUUCUCGCUGUAGAAGUUUGCUAUGUAACAAAAAAAGUCCAAAAGCAGCAGCGAUUGAUUUUCUCUAAAAAAGGUGACGAUACAGUCGUCACGUUUCCUAACCUGUACGCUCAUAAAUUGUGAUUUUUUUUAAACUAAACUUUAGUGAUCAGAGGACAAGAAAACAUCCUUACUAACUAGCACAUAUCAAAAAAUAUUGACAUUUCC